AUGGGCCGGACUUUUGCCCGUAUCAACCUUGCAUCCACGAACGACUUCCCUGCUCACAAGAACGACAAGAUCAAGGGAUGGGUCGAGCACAAUGGCGGGGCCUUCUCCAAGGAAAUCACUGCCUCCGUGACACAUCUUGUGGCAAGCCCCAGAGCUUGGAAGAGCUAUGUUCCCGUUGUCAAGGAGGCGCGCCGACUUCGAACCAUCCACAUUGUGAGACUUGAAUGGCUUGAGGACAGUCUCCUGAGCAAGAGUCGCCGUCCACUUGACACAUUCAAAUAUGAGUACGAGCACCGCAAGAUCCUUAAGCCGCCGCGACCUCGACAACGUAGGACAGCGGACGGCAGUCUGACUCACUGCUCUAGUGACGACGCAGACGGGGGAGUACUGAGAGCCGCAUCAAGAAUAGACAAGAUCCAAGAACUAAAGAUGAAGAAACAGCAAUCUCAGGCACUGGGGAGGAUCGGCAAGGCGGAGAGGCUCGAAGUAUCAGGUAAGAAAUUUGAUGCUGAGUGCAUCCAAUUCGAAAAAGACAUGGCUGCUAAGAAUUAUCGUCCAUUUGUCGACAGCAAGGGCUUCAUCUAUCUUUUGACCCUGGUCAGAAAGGACAAGUUGAGAAACAGGCUGGAGAAACAUCGAGUCAAGGUGCGUUAUGCACCAUAUUUCACCUUUGAGCACAAAACAUCGUAUGAAGUUUCGCACGAAAACCCACUCGUCCAUCACAAAAGGUCACAUGUGGACGCUCGGCUGGCUUGUGACAAGGCAAUGCCUUCGAUUGGAGACCGGGAUUCAAGACCCAGCAUGGUGAAAAUUGCAUCCAGCGAGUCGAAGGCCAUCCUUCCCCCUUGCCCAAUGCCCCUGUACUACUUCCCCAAGCCAUACCCAUAUUCCGCAUACCCAGUUCUGGCUAGUGCGCUCCCCAGAAAAUUGACAAUGUCCAAUCCUCAUCUUCGUGUUCGCAUUCCGGACCCAUGGGCUCAGGGUUUGCAGCUUUUCGAAUACGAGCCACCAAACACCGGAGCUGGCCAUGGAGACGCGAGCCAAAAGCGCACGAAAGAAUACGCAUGCUACACGAUCUAUAGCCGACCAGGUCACCGACAUGUGGAGACCCUUGCACCUCCUGGAAGUACCUUCGACUUUGCUUGGAACAUGUUUCGAAAAAUAUUCAAGCAGAAAGUGGGAGUGGACUGGGAAACGCGUGAUAUGGAUCGGGAGGGAGAGCGGAAAGAUGAGAGUGAAGAGAGUCGAAUCGGGGGAGAAGAUGGAGCUGAUGAUGGGAGGCUCUGGAAUUUCUUUGGACCAUUGCGUCUCAAGCAGCAGGCCAAGUCGGAAGAGGACCAAUCUACCUUGAAUGGCGGAACGGAGAGACGGCCAAGUGCGACGGUGGUUGUCAACACACCUGAAGUAGGAGAGGAGCAGCCGAUCGAAGUCCAAGCGAGGACGCCAGACGGCGGAUGGUGA